AUGGCGCAGAACAUCUACGACACGGCCGAGUUCUUCGGUGAAUACUCAAAGCUCCCGCGCUCCGUGUACGGCUUGGAUGGCGCCCCUGAGUGGCCAACGCUUCGGAAGUUGGUCGGUGAUGUCAAGGGCCAGCGUGUUUUGGAUCUGGGCUGUGGAUUUGGCUGGUUUGCUCGCUGGGCAGUCCAGGAAGGGCACGCUCGAUCCGUGCUCGGGAUUGACCUGUCUGAGAACAUGCUGAACCGGGCGCGACAAGCGACCGAGACAGCUGGUAUUGAGCAGGGAGUUAUCACGUACUCUUGUGGCAACCUCGAGGAACUAUCGCUUAAGGAACGUGAGUACGACUUGGCCUACAGUUCUUUGGCGCUUCACUACCUUCCAGACGAGGCUUUGAGAAGACUGCUGGGUGAGAUAUUCAAAGGCUUGGAGUCGGAUGGAAAGUUCGUGUUCUCCAUCGAGCACCCCAUCGCUUCUGCGCCAUUCGAUGCCUCCUGGAAGACUGACGAAGAGGGCCGGGUGUUCUGGCCUUUGAACCAGUAUUGGGACGAGGGUUUGAGAGUGACGAAUUGGUUGGCACCCGGUGUCAAGAAGUAUCACCGGACCGUCGAUACCUAUCUUACAUACUUGAUAGAGGCUGGUUUUAUCCUGACAGCAUUCAAGGAAGCUUGGGAAGGAUUGGAUCUGAAGCCGAAAUUGGAAGCGAAAGCAGAGGCGCACCGGCCCUACUUCCUCCUCAUUGCAGUGAAGAAACCAUGA